UCCCCCCUCUUUACGGCGGCGCUGGGCACUGAACGAGCUUCGUCCUGCGCACGCGCCUCGGCCCCGCGCGCCGCGAUGGGGCCCCCGCGCCUUCUUCUCCUUCUGUUGCCGGCCUGGCUCGGCGGGGCCCAGGACGCAUGUUUGCCUCCGGAUCGGCUGCCAUACGCAGAGCUCGGGGAAGGCUUCAACGUAAUGAAGAGCUUUCCUGUUGGCACCACGGUGUCCUACGUCUGCCGGCCGGGGUAUAUGAGAAUCCCUGGAAAACCAUCGUCCCGUAGUUGUGGUGAAGACUUACAGUGGUCACCCAUAGAGCAGUUCUGUAACGAGAGAAAAUGUCAGCACCCAGGGGCAUUAGAGCAUGGUUUUAUUAAUGUGACAGAUCUUACGUUUGGUUCACAAGCUACUUUUUCUUGUGAAGGAGGAUUCAGAUUGCGUGGAGCUAAUAAAAUUUCCUGUGUAAUUAAGGAUAAAGGUGUUGGCUGGGAUGGAGAUCUUCCCCUCUGUGAAAGAAUCCCUUGUGAACCCCCUCCGAGCAUAGCCAACGGGCGCUACACCGAGUUGAAUAGCUAUGAUUAUGAAACGUCUGUAACCUACUCGUGCAAUGAUGUACCGAAGGGCGCAGAUUCCUACUCGCUGAUAGGCUCAGCUACGAUUUUCUGUACAUAUGAUAAAAACUCAAAUGGAGUUUGGAGUGGGCCACUGCCGCAAUGUAGAGUGGUCAAAUGCGAUGACCCAAGAGUUGAAAAUGGGAAAAAAAAAAGUGGGUUUGGCCCUUCCUAUAGCUAUCAGGACUCCAUCGUCUUUGUGUGUGAUCCAGGCUAUUUCAUGAUUGGAUCGGAGGUCAUCACCUGUGGAGAGGAUAAUGCGUGGUCUCCUGAAAAACCAACCUGUGAAAAAAUUACCAAAGAUCUGUGUGGUGCCCCAAAGAUCAUGCAUGGAGUAGUGAUUCCAGCAAAAGCUGUGUAUGAAAAAGGAGACUCUGUUAACCUGAAGUGUGAUGAUUCCUGUUAUUUUCCGGAUGGCACUGCGGAGAUGACAGUAACUUGUCAAGAACUGAACACAUGGAGUUCUCUACAAAACUGUGAAUGUGGACCUGUGAGUUCUGGAUCCACUCCAGACAUAAGUCAUGGUAGAGUAAUUGAUGGACAAAAGCCUUUGUACUCUGUCGGGGAUUUUAUUACGAUCGAAUGUUAUCCAGGCUACACAUUACACGGUGAAGCUCGUAUUCAAUAUGGUGGAGCAAAUCGGUGGAUCCCUGAAGUGCCAACUUGCCAGUUAAGUGCGUAUAUUACGACAAUCAUUUGUGUGAUUGUGGCAGUCGUGGUGUUCCUGGCAGCCUUCUGGGUCUACAAGAAGUUCUUUUCACAAAAUGGGAAACGUGACAGCACUCCAUGUACAGCCGAAUAUAAGAUCUGUAAAGCAUGAAUGGCCUUUUUAUGGGGUGGGAGGGAGUUUGCAGUCAAACAUACCUGUCAGAAAUGGACAAUGAUUGCACUUGUGUUGAAUUUUUCUAGACGGGUUUCUUCUCCUACAUCUUAUACUACUGAUUGACUCUUGAAUAAGAGAUCAUUAAUAGGGUAAAAAGAAUAUAUUUAUCUAUCUGCUUUUCCCCGUGGACCACUCAUAUUGUCUUUUCUGUGUGUGUGAAAUGAUCGUAAAGGCACAGCCCUGUGGUCUGUGUUGUUGAGAGCACUGGACGUGUCUCUGUCAUAGUCCCAGGUGCUGCCGCCUGCUGCCUUCGGCGCUGCCGCUUUCCUUACGGAAGACUAUCACAGCUUUAGUUCUGCAGCUAAGGCAGUAUAAAUGAUUGUGUUGUCUCUUGGAUUCUGAUGUGUCUUAUUUAAUUUCCUUAAGAGAUAGGUGCUGUUUGUGUCUUUUUGAAACUAUCACAGUUCAGCUCUUAUAUGCACUACCUCUUUGUUUGCCAAAGCUGGUUUCUCUUUAUCUAAUGAAUUAAAAUGUGCCUUUAAAUCAGAGUUUUAUAGCUUUUCCGUUGGCUUUAUGAAGGAAAAAAGCCACGUGUAUAUCUGGCUCUCUGAUAUAGUCCCGGAAAGACUACAGUGGGUCUGUUGGAACCGGAAAAUGAAGGUUUCUAUAGCAAAAUCUGUUGCUGAAUCUGUUGGCCUAUUGACAGCAGGUAGCUAAUAAAAGGAACUGCUGAGGAAUCGGUGGUUGCCAUCUCCUGUCAGGAGCACAGCAUACAUUCCUUAGGACAGUUGAUUCGUAUUGGGCCUUGAUGUCAGUUUGGGAGGUGACUUUGUUGCUGUUCAGGAUAGAAAGGGCGCUAUGCGGCUCUAGCUUCCUUGCUUUUUUCACUUGGAAUUCAUCCGUCCCACAUACAGCAUUUCAUAUCCCUGUAUACAGACUGCGAUGCUAAAUGCGGCUCUGCAGCGCUACAUUUAGCAUCAGAGAUCCGUUGAGAAACUGAAGCCUUUCCCUGUCUGACUUCCCUCCUCUUUGCAUACUGAAGGAAGACCAAACAAGCGGAGUUUGGGCAGGAGUGGGUGUGUGGCAGUGGUGGGAGCUGUGGUCUCUCCUUAGGUAGGUGCUUGCUUCAGGAAGUGUUUUAGUCCAGAAUGUGCCUCCAGGAACUCCCAAGAUGGAAUUUUCCAGGAAUUGAGAGUCAGAUGUGUGUUGACAUCUGUUACAUUAAAUGUAUACUUGCUGUUUCUAAUUAAAACCAAAAGCUUCGUUAAGACAGGUUUUGGCUUUGAGUCUCUGAGUUUAUCAACAUACAAGCAGCUUCUAAGAAUUGCUUUUCCCAGAACAACCAAAUCUCCUCACUUCAGGUGGCUGAGACAGCUUUUAAACUGUUCUCAUCUGUGGUAGACGGGCAGCGCGCUCUGCUGCUGGAAUCGCGUUGUCUGGUUAACAUAGAACUAGUUGGGCCCAUGUAGGAGUUUUAGGACAAUCGCAGCGGUUACAUGGUCUGAGUUCAUAACGAUUAUUAAAAAGGGUGUUUGGCUACACAAAAUGACACGCUGUCUCGAACCUCAUUUGAGAACUGUUUGUAAACACUGUGGUGAUGGGUGUGCUGGUCACUGGCUGGCGUGAUUCUGCAUAGUGUCGUCAAUGUUCUGCAUUAUGCUGAAAUGCACUUAAUGCUAAACUGAAAUAUCUGUAAAAAAUUGCCUUUUUUUACACAUUUGUGCAUGUAAAGACUAGCGAUGGUUUGUAAUACUACAAAUAAAAAUGUUAAAUUAUUUGGCA